AUUAGACCAAAAAAAAAACUAUACUCAUCCCUUUCUUUUGAGUGCUAGUACUAGCUUAAUACAACGACAGUAUGAUUCUCUCUGUUUAUGUUUGAAAUGAGACAGUUUGUGGCCAAACUAUACACUACCGCAUUUUUGGUUUACCCUAAAUUGUAUCCCACCACUUAUCGAUAGCCCGCCUCCCUAUCCAUUCUAAUCCGUGAUACAAAUCAGCCGCGAUCAGCGGCAGUCGCGCGCGCCAAACCUCGCGAACUGCCGCGCGCUACUGUGCGUGAAAAAAACAAACUGUCAAAAAUGCGCGGCAAACCAUGAGGCAUUUUUAAACUACGAAUAUCAUAGGCUAGGCCUGUAUGACUUUUUUAUUUUGGAUACUAAUUUUUUUAGCCAAGAUUGACAAAAUGUGAGGUGUUGUUUAAUGAAAAGUUGUUAUAUUUUUGGUAAAUAUGGUGUGUUGGAAGAGAGUGUUUUUGGCAGCGGUAUUGUCUUCGAUUUUGGAUGUCCACAGUGAACAGCUGUUUGGUGAUGAUGAACACACGCAGCAGCUGUUGGAGCAUCUCACAGAGUCAGAGAAGAUAUUCCUAUUUGGUGCCAAUCACAAUGAUGCUCAAUUCGAGAUCGUCCACCACCACCACAAGCGCGCAUCCCCCAUUCUCCAGCACUUGGACCUCACGCCGGCGCGACACCACCUGCUCGACCCUCAGUUCCUCGUGAUGAGGAGAUGGGCGAAUGGAACGGAGGCUGUGGAGCAUGAGGAUGAGGAGUGCUGGUAUAGGAGUGAGAGUGCUGCGUUGUUUGUGUGUGAUGAUGUGAGAGGUGUAGUCAAAUCCAAUGAUAGUUACUAUUUAAUUCAACCACUACCAGAAAGGUUUCACGAUAAAGACUCAAAAACGCACGUCAUAGUCAAACGCACUGACGAAUCUAACAAAGAAGAUUCUUGCAUAGAAAAAGAUAGCCUCAAUACUAUAGUUGCUCCUGAACCAGCGAAAACAUGGACAAAACACAGGAGAAAAAGAGAAACAGUCACGCCAAGAAAAACCCUAGAGGAAUUCAAACUAGACUUAAAUCAUAGAAACAAGACUAUAGGAGCGUUCAUAAACAAACUAAUCCCAAAAACAGGGAAGCAAACAGAAAGACAAAAGAGGGCUGUGUUACCAGCAGUGUUCGUUGAAACUGCUGUGUUUAUAGACAGAGAUUUGUACAAGCACAUGACUGUGAAUUUUCCUAAAGAUACAGAGAGGGAGUUAGUCAGAUUCGUCCUAGCUAUGAUAAAUGCUGUACAGUUACUAUACCAUGAUCCUUCAUUAGGUAGACCAGUAAAUUUUAUCUUGAAAAGACUGGAGAUUCUUCAUGAGGAUCCAUCGAAUUUGAAAAGGCCGCAUGACAUAGACAGGUUUUUGAGUAAUUUCUGUACGUGGCAGAGGCUGGAGAAUCCACCGGGGGAUACGGAUCCGUUGCAUUGGGAUCAUGCGUUGAUAUUGACUGGAUUGGAUCUUUAUGUAGUCAGUAAGAAUGGGAAAGUCAGUAGUCAAGUAGUAGGUCUAGCUCCAGUCGCAGGAAUGUGCACAGUAACAAGCAGUUGCACUGUCAACGAAGGAAGACAUUUUGAAAGCGUCUACGUCGUUGCUCACGAAAUUGGACAUAAUCUCGGAAUGCGUCACGACGGCCCACUAGCAGACAACGGCUGCGAUCCCAGUGCCUACCUCAUGAGCCCAACGCUGGGGAGCGGCAAAAUUACGUGGUCACAGUGCAGCAAAAACUAUCUGCAGAAGUUCCUUGACACCGUGCAAUCCCGGUGCCUCCUCGACCACGGCAACUCUGCUGGACAGUUGGACCAUAGUGCCGAAGGCAUAUUGCCAGGAGAGAGAUUCGAUGCUGAUCAGCAAUGCAUGUUAAAAUACGGCCGAGGCAGCCGCCACUCCGGUGCGCAAAGUUUGGAGGACAUCUGCAGAGACCUGCAUUGCCAACGGGAGCGAUACACCUGGACCUCGCAUCCGGCUUUGGAGGGAACUAAGUGUGGAGAAGAUAUGUACUGCCGCGGCGGAGAAUGCGUAGAGCGCGCCGGCGUGCCUCGACGCGGGCAAUGGACGCGCUGGUCCGCCUGGUCGGAGUGUGCGUCCGCCUGCCUGCUCACAGACUCGCACGCUCCGGCGGCUACAGGCGUCGCCGUCGCCAACAGGCGCUGCCAGCGACCCCGCCAUGACAACGGGAACAGCUAUUGCUCCGGUCAUGAUAAGAAAUACCAAUCAUGUCACGCACAGCAGUGCCACAACGUGCCUCCCAUGACAGUGCGCGAGUUCGCAGACCAGAUCUGCCGGCGGGCGAGGGAAGUGGAUCCUGACCUCAUUGGAACUGGUCUGCAGAGGAUUGACACGGAAGAUGUUAGCAGUGCUUGCGCAGUAUGGUGCGACACCCGCGGAGGCGGCUACAAAUCCCGCGGCUGGACCCUGCCAGACGGAACCGCGUGCUCCACUAUGUCACCGAUGUUUUGUAUUUCAGGAGUUUGUCAGAAAUUCACCUGCAACGCCGACACGGAGUUCUCCCUGCGGCCGGGAGACUGCGAAUGGGAGCCGCUCCAACUGCAGACCGCCGCCCCUCAACAGUCCACAUCAUCAACAAAAACAUCAUCAACAUGGCGCCGGGCCGUGGGUCCCCAGUGGCGGGCGUGGAGCGGCUGCCACUACCACUGCAUGUCCCCGGGCGCCGGCGUGCGCCUCGUGCGGGCGCCGCGCGCCGCCAGCAUACAGCUCUGCCGGCCCGACAGCGCGCGGGCCGACUCGGGAUGUACCCAAAGAAAGACCCCAUAUCAGUACGCGACGAUGGUGUGCACUAAGUACAAGGAGAGAGUCAGGAGACUGUCAGGGCUUGGUAUGCAGAUAUCACCAGCACUUGAGGACCCCGACCGGCCCUGUCGAAUAGCGUGCCAAGACGAGCGCGUUUCACAUCGCUUCUACUUAGUGAACGGCCAAGAAGGCUGGUUCCCACUGGGAACAUCUUGUGGGAAAAAUAACGCUUCUUAUUGCGUCAGCGGGAAGUGUUUGGAAUUCGGUCCAGAUAAUACCCCACUCUCCGAGUCCGUCUUUACGCUUCCUCUCCUCAACCGCAACGCCACCGUAUCCGUGUCGCGCUCGUCCCGUCACCGCCGCGACACAAGCUCCGAUACACAUGGAUCCGACACAGGGCACAGAUCCGACUCGGAGCACGAAUCCGACACACGGCAUGGAUCCGACACGGAGCACGGAUCUGACACGGAGCACGGACCUGAUACGGAGCACCGAUACGAUACACGGCACGGAUCCUACACACAGUCCGGAUCCGACACGGAGCGUGAUAGGAGAAGCUUGCGGGCGCGCGGCACGAUAACUGCGACGUUGGAGCAACAUCAUUUGGACGAUAUUAUAGCUAGAUUGAAUUUGACUCAAAACCACAACGAGCACAUAAUCUACUACGACCCCAUUCCUGAUACCAUCGAGGUGGACUUCAACAACCCCAUCCACAUCGCGCCGGAUGACACCAUGAUACGGAAACCACCAAGACCUACCUGGGACUGAUCACUAACAGAACACUGACAAAUCACUGCCAGAUACCAAACAGUACGGAUCCGACACGGUCUUUAACAAUCCGAUACAUAUCGCGCCGUAAGACAUCAUGAUACGGAAACCACCAAGACCUACCUGGGACUGAUCACUAACAGGACACUGAGAAAUCACUGUCAGAUACCAAACAGUACAGAUCCAAUACGGCCUUUAACAAUUCGAUACAUAUCGCGCCGGAAGGCACCGUAAUACGGAAACCACCAAGACCUACCUGGGACUGAUUACUGGCAGAACACUGACAAAUCACUGCCAGAUACCAAACAGUACGUUCUUUAACAAUCCGAUACAUAUCGCGCCGUAAGACACCAUGAUACGGAAACCACCAAGACCUACCUGAAACUGAUCACUAACAGAACACUGACAAAUCACCGUCAGAUACCAAACAGUACGGAUCCGAUACGGUCUUUAACAAUUCCAUGAUACCGGAAGACACCAUGAUACGGAAACCACCAAGACCUACCUAAAACUGAUCACUAACAGAACACUGACAAAUCACUGUCAGAUACCAAACAGUACGGAUCCGAUAUGAUCUUUAAAAAUCCAAGAUACUAAACAGUACGGAUCUGAUACGGUCUUAAACAAUCCGAUACAUAUCGCGCCGGAAAACAGCAUGAUAAAUAAACCACCGCGGCCUACCUGGGACUGAUCAGUAACUGAACACUGACUAAUGACCCGAUACCGGACACCUUAAGUUUAACAAUCCGGCACAUAUCGCGCCAUAACGCACUAUGAUACGAAAUCAGACAAAAUUUACCAAGAACUGAUCACUGGCAGAAUAUAAUCUAUUACGAGCCGAUACUGGACACUACGGACCUAAUACGGUCUUCAACAAUCCGAUACAUAUCGCGCCGGAAGGUUAUAUGAUGAUGAUGACCUGAGACUAGAAUAAACUGCUAGGUGUGAUGAUAAUUUUCGACGGAUGUUGAUUGUUGACUAAUCUAAUAAAAUUGUUAUAAUUACACAACUUAUUAGAUUGACUGAAAAUUUAAAUAGAGAAAUUUAUUAGGAUAACGUAAGACAGAAUAUAUAAGAGAGA